AUAUUGCAGGUCGACUUCUUCCAGGAUUGCCUGAUGACAUUGCCAUGUUAUGUCUGGCAAUGGUUCCGAAGGGCUACUGGGGUGUCCUGAAGUGUGUAUCAAAAAGUUGGAGAGGCACGCUCAGCUCAGAAGAAAUAUGCACUCUCAGAAGACUUAUAAACCGAACAGAAAGUUGGUUAUAUGUGCUAGCGCGUGGUGCAGGUCCCACCCUUCAAGCAUACUCCCCAGUGCUUGAUCGGUGGUUGAAGUUUCCCUGGAAAGCCAACCUUGCACCUGGCAGUAUGGUAGGAGUGGGUGAGCAUCUGGUUGUUGUUGGUGGGCGAGCUUCUGAUCGCAUCAACCCAAACACUGGAGAACCUGAGCACCCCAACUUCACUUCACAG